AUGUGGUACGGAGAAACACACCCAGCUGGUACGGAGAAACCUAUCCAAGCCGUUACGGAGAAUUCUACCCAAGGUGGUUCGGAAAAACCUACCCCAUCUUGUACGGAGAAACCCACCGCAGGUGGUACGGAGAAUCCUACCCCAGCUGCAGAGUGUUCCAGUCCGCAACCCCUUGGUAUGGAGGACGGGACAAUCCAAGAUGAUCGCAUCACGGCGUCCAGUAGUAACAACGGUUACCCUGCCACUGAUGGACGCCUCAACAAUCACAACAGAUGGCUAACCGGGAGGGCCGAUGGCAAUCCCUGGAUCGAGGUGGACCUCGUCCGGAGUACAGUGGUGACUGGAGUCACCACACAAGGCAGCCCCGGCGGCAGUUGGUACGUGAUGCGGUACAAGGUGGCGUAUCAGCAGCAGCCCUCAUCCCAACGCAAACACGUGACAGAUGGAAACAGAGACAUCAAGGUGUUCAUCGGUAACACCGAUUCCGACACCCCGGUCACUAACUUGUUUGAUGAGAGUGUGGAGGCCACGGUGGUGCGCAUUGAGCCUACUGAAUGGAAUAAAGGUGUUGCUCUGCGAUUGGAGCUGCUUGGAUGUCGCCGUGAUUAAUUCAGCUGAAGCAUUCACGCGAUUCUCUCCGACAGCGCUGACAAACUUUCAAUCUAUAUAAAAGUAAACGCGACGGUAGAUAUUAUUAAAGUUGAUA